AUCAUGGAGCUCGGCUUCGGACCUGGGACCAAUCAGUGACCUCGGUUCUGGACCCUCCCUUGCCCGGCCUCGCGGGCUAAGUGGCGCCAUGUUUCAAGGGCAGCGCGGUUGGUUCAGCGGCAGCGUCAGCCCGGACCUGAGGCAGUUCUGGGUGGCCGAAGGGGGGACGAUCAGUGACCCGCGGGCUGCCGACUUCCUGUUCAGCUGUGAUGCCUCGCACCCAGACACGCUGAGAAUAUAUCAGAGCCUUGAUUACAUAGAAGACAAUGCUACAGUUUUUCACGCCUACUAUCUCUCUGCAGUAGCUAAUGCUGAAAUGAAAAACUCGGUGGCUUUAGGUCAUUUCAUUCUUCCUCCUGCAUGCCUGCAAAAAGAAAUAAGAAGAAAAAUUGGUGGUUUUAUUUGGGAACAAGACCAACAUUUUCUGACAGAAAAGCAUGAUGAAGGAACACCAAAUGAAAUAAAAAUCCUUAGGGAAAACAGUGAACUAGCAACAGAGCACAAAAAAGAAUUACCCAAAAGGACAGAAAAGCAUUUUAUAAGGACUCCAGUUGUAGAAAAGCAGAUGUACUUCCCUCUUCAGAAUUAUCCAGUGAACAACAUGGUAACAGGUUAUAUAUCAAUUGAUGCCAUGAAGAAAUUCCUUGGGGAACUACAUGACUUCAUUCCUGGAAGCUCAGGAUAUUUAGCAUACCAUGUUCAAAAUGAAAUUAACAUUUCUGCUGUAAAAAACAAAUUGAAGAGGAAAUAUUAA